CGUCCAUACAACACUGCAAGAUGCGAUGAACGCCGAUAUGAAAGUCAGACAUAAAGUCUGCCACCAUUUCUCAACGAAAAGUAACCACGUGUCAGACAGCAAAAAUACUUUCCAAAAUGCUGGUCCUAACGAAACACAAAUUACGCCAAUAGACAUAGAUAAACAGGGUGAUCAAAAACCACAAGAAAUAAUGGUUCGUUUGAAGUCGAGGUAUUUGUUAAUGGAAAUGCGAUUUGAAGAUGGAAUGGUGGACGAAAGUAUCAACUCCAGCGCUCUUUAUAACGAAAUCAUGAAGUCGGUUGAAAAUGCUUAUGGCGAUUUUGGAUAUGGUUGCAUUAAAAUGACUUUUAAAGUUAAAUAUGUGAACCCCUACACUGGUGUUGUGUUUGUGAAGUGCAGUCGAGACUACUAUCGUAUGCUAUGGCAUGCAAUAACCUUUGUAAAGAAAAUAAAUGGACGACAAUGCAGUUUGACAACACUUCAUUUAGGAGGAACAAUAAAAUCUUGUCAAAGAUAUUUGUUAAAGUACAACAAGAAACAACUGAGUCAUUUGCUGGUUGAGUGCAAGACAAAAGGUAUGAAUUUCCAUGUAGUGUCAAAGUACUAUACCAAUCAAUAAUAGAACAUGCUUGUAGCAUCCAAAAUGUUCAUGUUUUGAUUUCCUUCUUAGGUGAAAGAGAGAAAAUAUUGAAAUGCUAAGCCAGCUACCAUCAACACAAACACUUGUAAAUGAACAAAAGAAAAGACAAGGUGAUCUUGCCAUGAAGCACCUUUGACUUUCACCUUAUAUAAAUUUCAUGGCUUAAUAUAUGACACCUCUGGUGUUAGUCUAUUGAAGAAGUUUUGGUCCAUUCAAUGGGGAUUUCAUCAGGCAGUUGCAUUGAGAUCCUUUGGCACAAAACUCGGCCAGCAGUCAACUGCUGUUCCACAAAUAUAUCAUCAGCUUUCCAGUCUAUCAUCUCCUACUUCAAUUUCUUUCAAAUUAAGAACUUCAAGUGUUCCUCUACCUCUUGUCUGGGCUGCUAAUGAUUCAUUAAUAGUUCUGUAAAAACCAGGAUCAAUAAGACAAACCUAAACAAUAAUAAUGUUAAAUUUUUUUAUCAGGUAAUAGGUGUAAUACGGGAAAAGCAAAGUCAAUUUUCCAUCAUUCUUUAUUAUGGGAAAGACAAAAUGAGAAUGACAUGAACUUUUUUGAAGUAUUUGCAAACCUAAGCAGAACUAAAAAAAUUACAGAUUUAGCCACUGUGUAA